AAAAAUAAUAAGUGUAAAUAAAAUGCCAAUAUUCAACUUAAAUUACAUGCAUUUGAAUUCAUUAUAGAAUCAGAAAUAUUAAUACAAUUUCAAAAAUUUUUUAAAUAUUAUCUUAUAAAAUAGUUUUAAAUAAAAAAGAAAUUGCGAUGGAUCGAACGAAUAUAGGAAAUACAUUGGGAAGAAAUUUAACAUCUCCGCGGAAGCGUAUGUCAAUUAUUCAAUCUUUAAGAAAAAAUAAUUCAACAAUAAGUGUAUCUGGGCGAUCAAAUCAGUCUGUACAAAUAAUAUGUAAAUCACCAAACCAUGUAGUCGAGAGCUUUGGAUCAUCUUUACCUGUACUUGUUACAGAGGCUUUAACAUUUGUAGAUAGAAAUAUUGCAGUCAGUGUUAAUAUUUCAAUAGAUGGUUGGGCUUGGCUUGUAUGUGGUCGAAGAUUACUUGUAUGGCAAUGUAAGACUACCAUUCAUGAUUCAAAACAAAAAAGAACUUUUAAAAGUCAGUGUCGUGAAUUAUUAUUACCUCAAAGUGAUUUAGCUCAUAAAGCAGAAUGUGUAGCUGUAUGGCUGCCUCCAGGCUAUCAGGUACCUAGUUGUAUGGCUGUUUCUCCUGAAGGUAUUGUACGUUUUUGGGUUAGUGUUGCACAUGAAGGAUCUUCCGUAGAAACAAGUGCAGAACUUGCUGGACAAGAAGUUGAUUGUCUUACUUACAUUCCUGGUCAUGGUUGUAUUUUAGCUACAACCACAUGUACAGUAGCAUUGUUACAAUCACAAUUUAUUGGUGGUAAAAACAGUGUUACUUGUCAGGUUCUUAGAACAAGUCAAGGAUGGCUAGGAGGUAUAGGAAGAAGAAUGACUUCUCUUAUCUUUGGUGCUAUACCUCAAUCCCCAGUUACAGAAACAAAAUUAGUAAAAGUUACUUGCACAACCUUAGGAGAUAGAGGAUCAAGAGUUCUCAUUUUAGCUGGUUCAUCUUUACAAUAUUGGUCUUUUCCUUAUAAUGAACAAGAGAAAAUAGAAUUUGAUGAAGAUAUUGGACAUAUUAUUUCACAAACUUUCCAAAGAAAAAUUUGGGAAUCGAGUGCAUGUAAUCCACAAAACAUGGAAACUUGGCUGAUUGAUAUGCAACCAUGUAAUGAAGGAAUAGUCUUUUUAAUGGCAGCUUAUUGUGCUGAUGCAUCAUCUUUUAUUGAAUUUGCAUUAGGUUUGAUACAAUUAUCUGGUACAACAUUAGCAAAUACAUUUAAAUGGUUUAUACCAAUUAAAAUCGAUCCUAUUUCAUAUCAUAAUGAUGCUGAAUCAACUUUAGUUUCUUAUCGCUUUAUAUUAUGUGGUUGGGAAGCUAUUAUAUAUAAUCAAUAUAAAGUACUUGUUGUGAAUUGUAUAUCUGAAAAUGAACAAGACAAAAUAGAUUUAGUGCGAGGUGGGGAUGAUAGUAUUCUUGGUGGUGCAUUGUGUUCAGGAACUCCAGUUUUAUUUACUAAAAACUUUGGAUUAGUUUCUAUUAUGCCAUCAGAUUUUAUAUCACAAGAUUUUAAUAUGAGUUACACAGAUAAUAUUAAUACAAGUGUAGAUUAUAAUUAUCGAUCUAAUUCGACACAAAAUUUUACUAGUCUUAUUAGUAAUGAAGAAGUUCAAGAUAUGUUUUAUAGUUCUGAUAACUCUACACAAUUACGUGCUGCAUUUCUUCUUAGUUUACGACAAAAUAGAGCACAGUGUGAAGAAAUUUUAACACAACUUUUUCCUUUGCAAGAAGAACCAAUAAUGGAUAUAGAUGCUAAUCUUGAUACACUGAUUUUAAAAGUUGCUAAAGAUUUGAUAGAUGAUUAUCCAGCAAAUGAUCCACGUUGGUCAAAUCAUAGAGAUUUGUCCAUGACAAUAAAUGCAGUUACUUCAAUGCAAAUACCUAAUCAAUUAGAAGGAAAACAAAAAGCUAUAGAUUUAUUUAUAAUAUUUUUAAAAGAACAUGAUUUAUGGAAUAGAUUUUGUGCCGUUACAUAUAGGGGAAUAAUUAUAUCUACACCAUAUGUUCUUGAAGAAUAUGCAGAAAAAAUAAUUGCAGCGUUAACUAUAUAUAAUCUUCAAAAUAAAUAUGCAGAUAUUAUAGAUACAAUAAUAGAACAAACUUUAAGUCCUGAAUCAUAUGUAUCUGAUGAAUUAACAGCUCGUGAUAUAUUUUAUCGCGAAGUUAGUACUGUGCAUCGUUUUCUUCCUACUUUAGUGAAUAAUGCAUCAGAAGUAACUCAAUCUGAAAGACCUAUUCAACAGGUAGCACAUUACAUUAUGCAAGUAAAUGCUAUAUUAUUAGGUGUACUACACGAAGUAAUGAAAUAUCGACAACAUAAUGCUGAACGAUUUCUUCCUACAAGAUGUUCAUAUGGUAUAACUGAAUAUCUUCCUUGGACAGCAGCAAUUGGAAGACAUGGAUUAAGAAAUUGUCUUACUACAAUGUAUAAUUUAACUCUUAAACAUGGCAUAACUGGAACCAAUGAUUCAACUGUAAGGAACGAAUUGUACGAACAGUUAGUAAGUUAUAUAGAUUUAAUAUUGGAUGGUCGAAAAUGUCAUUUGGAAAGUGUUAAGGGUACAGAAAAGUUUGAAAUACUUUUGAAACAAUAUGAAACAGAUCGAAUGAAUCUAAUUCAACCAUUGAUAAAAGAAGAACAGUACGAUAAUGCUGCAAUGUUAGCUGAAAAAUAUUGUGAUUUUGCAUCUCUCAUACAAAUAUGUGAAUUAACUAAUAAUAAAAAUCGAUUGGAUGGAUAUAUAAAAAAAUUUGCAGCUCAAGAUUUUGUGGGAUUUUUAUUUUCAUGGUAUGUAAAAGAUGGUCGACAGGGUCAAUUAGUAGAAAAAUGUAGACGCGAUGGUACAAUUGAAUUAUCAGAAAAAUUGGCUGAACAUCCAACUUUAUCAUGGGUACAAUCUGCUCUUACGGAUGAUUUACGUUUUGCUGCUAAUACGCUUCAUUCUUUAGCAAUUCAAGAAAAUGAAUUAGUGACACGUAAGAAGUCCAUGCUUUCUUUAGCAAAAUUGGCUCUUCUUGCUUCGGAUGAUUUAGAAGAAGAAAUAAGAGACUGUGUGAAAAGAAUUGAUAAUGAAUUGGCAUUGAUAGCUCAUCAGGAAGACUUACCAACUCAAUUACUUACGACGUACGGUUACGAUGUAGAAAAAUUACGAGUAUUUACACCAACAGAAUUAAUUACGUUAUAUACAUCUGAUGAUAAUAUUGAGGCAAAUGAAUAUGAUUUUAAAAAAGCUCUUGAUUUGCUGAAAUAUAUGGAACAAGAAGAUGAAAAAGUGUCUUUAAAAUUACAAAUUUGGGCACGAGCCGCUAAACGAGAUCAAUGGGAUACUAUAGGAAAAAAUCCUGAACAACAAGUACAAGAAACUAUAUUUUUUAAGCUAAUGGAUCUCGCACACUUUAUGGGAGGUGAAGUAAAUGAAUUUCUCCCUCCAGUUGAUAUGCUUUUGGUAGAACCUGAAUUAGGAAAUCUUGCUGCAUCAAGUAAUUUUCAGUUUUUGAUAAAAUUCGUAUAUGAAUAUGCAUAUAGCAAUUAUUAAUCUAUUUGAAUAAUUCAAUGUUUUGAUGUUGAAGAGAUGCAGCAAUUGCUCCUAUAAUUAUUCCAGGGGCAAUAGUACCACAUGGUGUCAGAAUCACUCCUUGUUGUCUUGGAUAAUUCCAUGUAUCA